AUGAAGAGGCAUAAUAAUAAUAAGACAAUAGAUGAUCAUCCUUCGAUCUCACUAACGGAAAUCGCACGGAUGACCGAUCAAUUACAGAAUAUUGAUGAAGAAGAAACAAUAACAGUAACAGUGAACGAUUCUAUUGAAAAUAAUCUUCGAGUUGUUGAUGUAACUGUUGACGAACCAAAUGUCACUCCUGCGCACAUCAAUAAUAACAACCAAGGAAAUUCAGGUCCUAUUAUUGGAUAUGCUCAAGCACCUUUAUUACCACUUGUUAAAGCAUGUGCGCCAUUGACUCAUAUUCUUCAUAAUUUAUCAUUCUAUGUACAAAUGGCACUUAACGAAACUCCAGAAGAACCACCUGAUGGUUUAACAAUUGAUGAAAGUGCUGCAAUUCGUCUAUACUCAAUGGAAUGGAAACAACCACAUCGAAGUCUUUAUUCCAUGCUUAAUUAUACAAUCAACAAUGAUCGUCAAAAUUUGCCAUAUUAUUAUAAGUAUAUGAAACUAUUCUUAACUGGUUUAGUCAAAUUACCAUGUCAUCCACCGUUAACCGUUUGGCGAGGUGUGACUAAAGAUUUAAGUGCGCAUUUUCCACCCGGUGCAUCAGUAACUUGGUGGGGAUUUUCAUCAUGUACAACUUCAUUGACUGUAUUGAAUAAUAAUUUGUAUUUGGGUAAUAGUGGUGAUCGUACAUUAUUUUCCGUCGAAGCAAUUAAUGGUCGAGCAAUACGUGCUCAUUCACGUUACAUUACUGAAGAAGAAAUUCUUCUUUUACCUGGUACUCAUAUGAUAGUCCAAUCACAGUUGAAUCCAGCACCUGAUCUUCAUAUUAUUCAUUUGAAACAAAUUAUACCGGACGAAGUUUUAUUGGAACCACCAUUUAAAGGUGCACAUAUUUAUCCAGAAAAUCAACGUCAGUGGUAUCGAAUGAAAAGAUUCGUCAUUCCACUCGCUUUAUUGAUUGCUCUUAUCAUUGCAGCAAUCAUCCUUGGCUCCGUUUUAGGAACAAGAGCUAACAAAACUUCAAUAAUUAACAGUACUUCAGUGUCUGUGUGCGACAAGCCAUUUGAAUACAAAGGUUCUUAUGAUACUGGAAAUUAUCCAGUUUCUACUACACUCGGCUAUUUUACUAAUGACAAAAACUUAGAUGCAGUAGUAGCUAACAGCGACGACAAUUAUAUCACGUUAAUGCUUGGAAAUGGAGAUGGAACCUUUAUAUUUCCAGGCAAGUAUGCGGUUGGCAUGUCUCCCACUUCUGUGACGACAGCUGAUUUUAAUGGUGAUGGUAAACUGGACCUUGCCGUGGCUCACGGGGAUGACAACACCAUCAGUGUGUUACUGAACAAUGGAGAUGGAUUUUUUCAGACUCCAACAUUUUAUACAGUUGGUCGUUCCCCUCAAUCUGUGAUAACAUAUGAUUUUAACAAUGAUGGUCGAUUAGAUCUAGCGGUAGCAAAUUAUUUUGACGAUGCUGUCUGCAUAUUACUUGGCAAUGGGGAUGGAACUUUUCAGACCUCAACAUUCUAUUGGGUUGGUGAUGUACCGGUCUCGGUAAUAUCAGAUGAUUUCAACAAUGACAACAAAAAAGAUCUGGCAGUGGCCAACUAUAUGAACAACACUAUCAGCAUAUUACUUGGUAAUGGGGAUGGAACUUUUCAGUCCCAAAAAUUAUAUUUGGUGGGCGAUUCUCCACGAUCUGUGGCAUCAGGUGACUUUAAUAAUGAUAAAAGAGUGGAUCUGGCUGUGGCUACCUUUACUGGAAAUACUAUCAGUGUGUUACUUGGCAAUGGAGAUGGAACAUUUCAAGCUCCAACAUACUAUGUGGUAGGUUCGGUUCCAAGUGCUCUGGUAGCAUAUGAUUUCAAUAACGAUAAAAGUAUAGAUUUAGCAGUGGCCAAUUGGGGCGGUGGAAGUGUCAGCAUAUUGCUUGGCAAUGGUAAUGGAACGUUUCAGGCCCAUGUGGAUUACAUGAUUGGUAGAACUCCAGUAUCUAUAAUAUCAACUGAUUUCAACAACGAUCAAAAACUGGAUCUCGCAGUGACCAACUACUACAAUAACAGUAUCAAUGUGCUAUUUGGAAAAGGAGACGGAACUUUUCAGGAUCAAACGCACUAUAUGGUUGGUGUGUAUCCAACUUCUUUAAUAUCAGGCGAUUUCAACAAUGAUAACAAACUGGAUCUUGCAGUAACUAACUAUAAUGACAGUACUGUAAGUGUAUUGGUUGGUAAUGGAAAUGGAAUGUUUCUAUCUACAACGAACUACACAGUUGAUAUAAAUCCAACUUCUGUGACGCCAGCUGAUUUCAACAACGAUGGCAAAUUGGAUGUGGCAGUGGGUAACUAUUACAGCAACACUAUCAGCCUACUGCUUGGCAACGGAGAUGGAAGUUUUCAAAGUCCAAUGAACAUUGGAGUUGGUCAGGGGCCGCAAUCAGUACUGUCAGCUGAUUUCAACAACGAUAAUAAAACAGAUCUGAUCGUGACUAACCAAAUUGAUAAUACUACCAGUGUGUUAUUGGGUAAUGGAGAUGGAACCUUUCAGUCUCCCUUAAACUUUAUAGUUGGUGGUGGGCCACAAUCUGUCACAUCAGCUGACUUUAAUAAUGACCGCAAUGUGGAUCUAGCAGUGGUUAACUACUACAGCAACACUAUUAGCGUAUUACUUGGUAAUGGUGAUGGAAGUUUUCGGAAUCCAGUGAACAUCGGUGUUGGUCAUGGACCACGAUCUGUAAUAUCAGCUGAUUUCAACAAUGAUAACAAACAGGAUUUAGCAGUAACAAAUUUCUUCGAGAACACCAUCAGCGUGUUAUUUGGUAAUGGAAAUGGAAGUUUUCUGGCUGCAAGGAACUAUAGGGUUGGUAGUCGACCAGUUUUUCUGAUAUCAAAUGAUUUCAACAAUGAUAUCAAAAAAGAUCUGUUAGUAGCCAAUUAUAACGAUGGAACUGUCAGUUUAUUGCUUGGUUAUGGUAAUGGAACUUUUCAAAGUUCAAUCAAAUAUGCAGUUGGAAAGGGUCCAUCUUCUAUAGCGUCAGGCGACAUCAAUAAUGAUAGCAAAUUGGAUGUGAUUGUAACAAACAAAGAGUCUGUAGGGAUGUCUGUUCUUCUUAACGGUUGCAAUUAG